AUGUCGAACGUGGCGCCAUCAUGCUCCGUGCCGCCACCCGUGUCGUCGCUGCCGGUGCCGCCGCCUGCGUCGUCGCUACCCAUGCCGCCGCUUUCGUUGCUGCCCAUGCCGCCGCCCGUGUCGUCGGUCGCGUCGUCGUCGGUUGCGUCGUCGUCGUCGGUCGUGUCGUCGUCGGACUCGCUGUCGGGAUCGUCGUUGGAGUCGUCGGGUGUUGUACUGCACUUGGCGCCCGAUAUGAAUGCUGCCAAAAAAUGGGCCAAGAAGUACAUGGAGACGACGCAGGCUGCCAUGCUCAUCGAGUACAACCUGAAAAACAAACGGGGCAAGGUCUACUG